GGUACAUAUAUCGUGAUUAAUAAUCAAAUUGAUUGUCGUCGACUACUAUUUUAAUAAAGUGCCUUAAACUCGGCGGAUUAUAGUCUUAUUUCAUCAUGACAUCGACCAAAGAAUUUGAUGUAAUCAUUUUUGGUGCUACUGGUUUCACUGGAUUCUAUGUACUUCGUGAAUUGUUGCUUUCGUUGGAACAACGUAACCAUGAAUAUCAAAAUUUAAAAUGGGCAAUCGCUGGUCGUAAUGAACAAAAAAUGUCAAUAAAAUUAAAUGAAGUUGGUAAUGAAUUGAAUAAAAAUCUUACAGAUGUGACAAAAAUUGUGGCUGAUGUUUCGAAUUCAAAUUCAUUACUGGAAAUGGCUCGACGUUCACGUUUGAUUAUCAAUUGUGUUGGACCAUAUUGUCAUUAUGGACGUCCUGUAGUACAAGCUUGUGUCGAUGCAGGUACACAUCAUAUUGAUAUUUCUGGUGAACCAAAUUAUAUCGAAGCAAUGGCUAUUGAUUAUCAUCAUCAAGCCAAAGAGAAAGGAAUAAUUAUUUUAUCAACAUGUGGAUGGGAUUCUAUUCCUUGUGACCUUGGUGUUCAUUUUACUAAACAACAAUUUCUUGGACGUUUACAUUCGGUUGAAACGUUUGUUACUACGAUUCCAGGCUCAGAAGGAUAUAAAAUCAAUACCGGUACAUUGAAUUCAGCGAUUAAUGGAUAUCGAACCAUGAAUCAAUUGCGAGCUAUUCGUCGAAGACUUUAUGCUGAAGUAUUGACGAAAAAAAUUCCAAAAAGUCGUACAGUUCUUAAACGAAAAAUUGCUCCAUUCACCCGUUCUGAAAUAUCCGGAUGGAAUGUUGAAUUUCCUGGAAGUGAUCGUUCAGUGGUUCAACGUACCCAAUACUAUAAUUAUGAACAUUUCAAUGAACCACCAUUGCAGAUACAAACCUAUUUCACGGUUGGAUCAUUUACUCAUUUGAUUGGCUUAAUUGUUUUUGCAGCUAUGUUUGCCCUGAUGACAGCUACAUCGUUUGGUGCACGAUUAUUAUCCGAAUAUCCAGAAUUUUUCACAGCCGGUGCUUUUAGUAAAAAAGGCCCAUCACGUACACAAAUUGAAUCGACUCGUUUUCGUACUACGAUUAUUGGUCGUGGAUGGUCGAAACGAGUAUUGGAACAACAACAAAAUAAAGAUGAUAUUGAUGUUGAACCAGACGAGGAACCUGAUGAAACAAUUAUGGUACAAGUUUCUGGUAAAGACCCCGGUUAUAUGGCAACAUCAACUUGUUUGGUUCAAGCGGGUCUCACCAUACUGAUGGAAUCGGAUAAAAUUCCGAAAGGGGUAUUGACACCGGCAUCAGCAUUUCGUAAUACCCAGCUAUUAGAACGUCUCCGUGAAAGAGAUUUUAAAAUUGAUGUCGUUCAAUCAAUUGGAAAUUGAAAGUUUAUUUUUUUUUGUUUUUAAAAUUAUCA